CGUACUCGAGCAGAAUCUGUGCUUCUCUGUUCUAGCAGAUCAUUCAAUCGAAUCUCAUCUUUCAAUUGUCUUCGUGCCUCAAUCAUAAAGUACGGACUACAACAGUCAUGAUGUCGAGCAGCAAGGAAUUAUCCAAAAAUCAAGGCCGAGGUACCAGGUAACGUAAAGCAUGAACCGGUGUUCAAUUUGACUCUUUUCGAAGAGUCUUUUGUUCUGAGAGAAACGGUCGAACUUGAUCAGGAUAAUACCUGCGCAAAGAAUCAUGCUUUAUCAUCAUUCCAUCUAACCCGUCUUUGGAGGCUGACCUUGUUACAGGUGGCCGAACAUGGACGAGCAAUCUCAGAUGAGAAACUCGAACAAGGACCUCGAGAAAGAUGGUCCUACUUUGAUGCCUGUCGAAUUUGAUGAUGACUCAACCCUCGCUGGUGGCAGCUCCAAGUUGAGACGGCAAAUCAAGAACAUCGAGCAUAGCCUGGCUCAUUACAACCUCGAAGCUCGUGGUAUCCAUCGCGUCAUGCCUAAUGAACGGCACAGCCUGAGGAAUCUGGGAUACUCUCAAGUUGGACUGCUGUGGUUCAGUGUCAACCUCGCUGCCAACAACAUUACUCUUGGUAUGCUCGGUCCAGCUGUUUACUAUCUCUCCUUCUUGGACUGCUCUCUAUGCGCUGUCUUUGGAAUGCUUGUUGGAUGUCUACCCGUCGCCUAUGUUGCUACUUUUGGACCUGUCAGUGGCAACAGGAGCAUGGUAUUCGCUCGCUACACCAUGGGAUGGUACCCUGCCAAGCUGGUUGUCGUCCUCAACAUCAUCGUUCUCCUUGGAUACUGCCUAAUCGAUGCUGUGGUUGCUGGGCAGAUUCUCUCUGCUGUCUCUCCAAACGGCUCCCUCUCCGUCAUUGUCGGCAUCGUUAUUGUGGCUGUGUUGACAUGGGGAAUUACCAUCUUCGGCUACAGCGUUUUCCACUUCUACGAGCGUUAUGCCUGGCUUCCUCAACUCAUCGUUUUGUCUAUCCUUGCCGGUGUUGCCGGACCCAAAUUCGAUCUUGAAACACCAUCCAGUGGCGACACGCUCACUAUUAUCGGCAAUCGACUGUCCUUCUUUAGUCUAUGUCUGUCUGCUGCAAUUACCUACGCAGGCGGCGCUGCAGAUUUCUUCGUCUACUAUCCAGAAGAAACCCCUCGUUGGAAGAUAUUCAGUGUCACCAUGUGUGGUUUGGCCUUGUCAUUCACCUUCGCCUUCAUGGUUGGUAUUGGACUCGGCUCAGGCGUCGCUACAACCGCAUCUUGGAGUGAUGCGUACAACGUCUCGCAAGGUGCUCUCAUUGUCGAGGGCUUCGCUCCUCUAGGAAGCUUCGGCAAAUUAUGCGGCGUGAUUGUGGCUCUUGGUCUGAUCGCCAAUAUGAUCGCGCCCACAUACAGUGCUGGCAUGGAUUUCCAAGUCCUUGGUCAAUGGAUGACAGUCGUUCCUCGAUUUGUGUGGAACACUCUUGGUGUAGUGAUCUAUACUGUAUGCGCCAUUGCUGGUCGUGGAAGUCUUGCAGCCAUUUUCACCAACUUUCUUGCGCUUAUGGGCUACUGGGUGUCGAUAUGGAUUGCUAUCAGUCUCGAAGAGCAUUUCAUCUUUCGUACUUGGAGAGGUAUUGGGUUCAACUGGAAUGCCUGGAAUGAUAAGAGCAAACUCCCCAUCGGUAUUGCUGCAACCAUUGCCUUCCUAAUCGGCUGGGCUGGAGCAAUUCUUUGUAUGGCACAAGUCUGGUACAUUGGCCCUCUUGCAAAGCAAGUUGGAGAAUAUGGCGCUGAUAUGGGUAACUACGUCGGAUUCGCUUGGGCAACUGUGGUCUACCCACCUCUUAGAUGGCUCGAGAUGAAGAAGUUUGGUCGUUGAAGGACCAUUAUAGCCACGUUUUAAGAGGUAGAAGGAGGCCUGUUGAGGUCUCGUGUGGGUUUCACUUUCAACACAACGAGAAGGAUAAGUGCUAGAUUCAACCCGCAUUCUGGCAGACUGCAAAGUCACUACAACCAAAACUUCAAAGUAUAUACAAAAUAAUCUGCUGCGUUCUUCAGCACUUGU